UAAUUACAAACAAGUGUCUGAUGUGUAAAAUGAAAGGAUUUGAUUUCUCGGUUCACACGAAUCGUCCACUAAUAGCAUAUAUUUUAUUGCUUUUCAUAAAUCAAUGCAUUUGCAUAUAUGUGCCCCGAGAUGUGAUUGACGAGGACUCGUGUACACCGAUUGACUUUUAUGCGGGUGAUAGUUAUGCUUAUAUAAACGAUGACAAUCGGUAUGACAUAUGUAAAGACAAAUACCGAACUUCAUUUGAUCCAAAUGGCAAUCAAAUCCCUAGAGAAUGUUUGGGUCCGUUUUGUAAUUAUUUCACGAGUCUUAACCCCUGUAAAACUCAAUGCCCUCUCUAUCCUAAUCCGGUUCUUGUUAUUCAACCCCUUCUUAAUAACAAUUCUACCGAUGAAGAGGUGUAUAGAAAACAACAGCUUUAUUACGAUUUUGAUAAUAUGUGCACAAAUGACAAAUGCGCUAAAAUUAAGACAACGUAUUACAAAGAAUUUGUAUUAAUCAAAGACCCGUCACAACAAUGCGGUCCAAAUCAUUUUUGUGAUUUAAAUGGCUGUUGCGUUAUAAAGCCUCCAACACCACCCACUACUACCACAACUACCACAACCACCACAACCACUACAACUACUACAACCACCACAACAACCCCGACCACCACUACCACUACCACUACAACCCCAACUCCACCUACACCUACAACCCCGACCACUACUACUACUGAGAAGCCAUUGAUCCCAGAGUGCACAAGCGUCGGGACAUUUAAAUAUCCAAAGGAUAAGACAAAUAGAAAGUACUAUAAGUGUGUAUUGAAACCCCAAACGAUGGUCUGUCCAUUAGGAGAGAUAUUUGUUGAAAAACAUUCUCGAUGUGAAGUUGAACUCAUAACCACUCCAACCACACUCUCCACUACAACCUCUACCACCACAACCACUACAACCCCGACCCCAACGCCCACAACUCCGACCACAACUACUCCAAAGCCGACCACACCUUACAAUCCGAGCGGUGAUCCGGAAAUAAGAGGAUUGAAAUGUGCGGAACACGUCAGUCCAUUGCCUUACGACCAGUGGUUUGCAAAUCCAUACAAUUGCCAAAAGAUGUAUCGAUGUUAUACGUUAGGAGAGGCGCCCAAAGUUUAUAUAGCAUUUUAUAGAUGCAAGGAUAAUAUGUAUUUUGAUAAUGAUCCUAAAAUUGACACUUGUAUCAUGAAAGACGAUUAUAUUUUAAAAUACGGUUCGUGCAAGUCUAUGCCAUUGCCCACAACAAAACCACCUUCUUAUUAACAAACUUAAUUGUCCCGGUAUUCCAGUAUUCAC